ACAUGAACCAGGGGAGGAAACGCUAAUUUGACAAGGCUCGAGCUGCACAAUGACAUAUACCUGAAUGUGUUAUCAUCGCUAAACCUGCAACAACUGGAGUCGUGCAGCACUGACAUGCAAGGGUUUUCUCAGUCUUUCCCCCCGGCUGGCAAGAAUCACAAAUAUGAAUUAUUAUCCUCAAAGCAUUCGAUAACCUUACACUUUCCGAACUUCGCCAAGUUCGGUGCACGACAGUGGUGGUAUUCAUUGCACACGAGGAUACACCCACAGUUAUGGAACAAUCGGAAACUGUAUCGCUUAGGCCUCAGUCAAGGCAAAUUGCAUCGACUACCGCUUUGGUGGCUCAAAUGGAAAGCGUAUGUCGAGGGGGCAUCAGCAUAUCUCAUACUCGAUCACAUUUCUUUUCUACUUGCAUGUUACCUGAUGUUUGGGCCAUUUUAGCGCCGUCUUUAGAUGGAAUAAUACCCUGUAUUCGACGUCAACUGGCACUAUUCUAUCUUGAACAAGGCGGACGCAAUCAAGCGCUUGGUGGAACUGUCCCUAUUCUCGUCACCCUGCGAGGCUUACAUCGUUGUUGCCGCCGUGAGGUAUUGAAAC